GCUGCUGAGUCGAAGCGCUUCACCAACAGCCCGAGAACGCAGCAGCAGCGAAUCCACGGCUGCAAGUUUUGAUGAGAACGAUUUUGGUGCCGUCGAUGAGUGCCAGUGAAGCGGGGACUCGGUGCUGAAGACGCAGGGGAACAAGUCUGGUUUUGCGGUUCCCCAUCUAACCGAGAAACAUGAAAGUCCUAGUGUGCGUGGUGGUGUUCCUGAUCGCGUCCACCUAUGCGCAGGGGGGUAAGAAGUCUGAUGAGCCGUGCAAUGGGCGAGACUGCAGCAGAGGAUGCCAGUGCAACCCAGAGAAGGGCAGUCGGGGUCGUCCCGGGCCGUUGGGCGAGGUGGGCCCCAGCGGAGCAGAGGGGCCUCGGGGAGGGCCCGGUCACUCAGGACCCAAAGGAGAGAAGGGCCACAUCGGACUAAAGGGGCCAUCUGGGCCCAAAGGAGACAAGGGACCUAUGGGCGUGCCCGGCUUUUCAGGAAAUGAUGGUGUACCUGGCCAUCCCGGCGCUGAUGGUCCCAGAGGUCCCCCAGGUCUUGAUGGCUGUAAUGGGACAAGGGGCGAGCCUGGGGAUCCCGGCUAUGGCAUCGGACCUCCCGGAACUCCGGGACCUGCUGGAAUAGUUGGACCCAAAGGACAGAAGGGAGAGCCUGUGUACAUCUCUGACAGCAGCGUCACGGGUGUACCAGGUUUUCCAGGACCCGAUGGCCCACCUGGAUUACGUGGUCUUGAUGGUGGACCUGGAUCACCUGGACCAAUUGGUCCCACUGGAUAUCCUGGCCCACCUGGUCCCCCCGGUCCCCCAGGCCCGAUGGGAAGCCACGGUGAAGGAUAUUGGGGAGAGAAAGGAGAUAAGGGUGACGUUGGUCUUCCUGGUCCAAGCGGCUCUACUGGCGAUGAACCUUUAGUCAGCGAACAGACUCUCACUAUUUAUAAAGGAGACAGGGGUGACCCAGGCCCUAAGGGAGUCCGUGGCUUUCCUGGUAGCCCUGGACGACCUGGACCAUUUGGAUAUCGUGGAUUGGUUGGAGAGAAAGGAAUACCGGGAUAUCCAGGCGCACGAGGCCCACCUGGUUUUAAUGGCCCUCCUGGUUCUCCAGGUCAGCAGGGAUACAGUGGCAAUCCAGGCUAUUCAGGUGCCCCAGGAAUUCCCGGAGGCAAGGGAGAGCAGGGAGAACCUGGACUUCCAGGACCCCCAGCAUAUGUCAGUGAUUUUGGUACUGCUGUUCAAGGUCCACCUGGUGACAAUGGCCUUCCUGGGAUCCCUGGCUCCCGCGGCGACCAAGGUCCUCCAGGAUUUCCAGGCCUUCCCGGAGUUCCAGGAACCUUUACAGGAACUGGAGCACGUGGAGCCCCAGGUUUUCCCGGUACACCAGGUCCAAAGGGAGAGAAGGGCAACCCUGGCAGCCCGAGCUAUGGUCCAGAGGGUCAGCCUGGUACCCCUGGACUACAAGGACAACCCGGACCUCCUGGACCUGCUGGACCCUCCGGAUUCAAUCAGCCCUGCAUCAUCUAUCCUAACGGACAACCAGGACCUGAUAGUGAUAGAGGUUCUUUCCCAGGACAGCCUGGACUGCCGGGGGCUAGAGGAGAGCCAGGGAGUCCUGGGUUUUAUGGAGUCAAAGGUGAGGUUGGAGACUGUGCCUGUGCUGGGGGCGGAGUACCAGGGAUACCAGGUGCUGAGGGACCACCCGGACCUACCGGGAGCUCUGGGUUUCCUGGAGCAAAGGGAGAGCCCGGAGACGGAGGAGCGCCGGGAUUCAACGGACUUCAAGGACCUCCAGGCCCAGCUGGACCUCGGGGUGGACCCGGACGUAAAGGAGAGAAGGGUACUUCAUAUUAUCCCAGUCAGGGUUUGGGAGUGAAGGGCGAGAUCGGAGCCCCAGGACCCAGAGGACCAACCGGAGAGACGGGAAAACCAGGCAGAGACGGACUACCCGGUUUCCCUGGAGCCCCCGGACCUCCAGGCGAUGCUGGUUUUGGCACAGUUGGUGAAAAGGGUUUCCCUGGAUUCCCGGGUCCUAAGGGUCUUCCUGGAGGUCCCGGAGAGCCAGGAGGAGGCUACGCAGGGACCCCCGGAUACAGAGGCGAGCCUGGAGACCCCGGUAUCCCUGGUCUGCCUGGAGCACCCGGUUUCCCUGGAGAGAAAGGCACCAAUCUUCCCUGCACUAUUCCCGGAGAGCCUGGGGAGCCUGGCUAUCCUGGUGUCCCAGGACGACCAGGGCCGAAGGGGCAGCCUGGUCUCAAUGGAAAUGCAGGGCGUCCUGGUUUUGAUGGAGCAAAAGGAGAAAGGGGAGACGCAGGUUACGGAGGCCAACCAGGACCACAAGGUUUCCCUGGACCCAGAGGAGACCCCGGUAUUCCAGGUGUACCAGGGACUAGUUUCAAUGGUGCCCGUGGGAAAGAUGGUCUACCUGGUAUUCCUGGAGCGAAGGGCCAACCUGGAGAUGUGCUGGGAGCAACCCCGGGACAACCCGGGAACAACGGCUUUCCUGGGGCCCCUGGAGACAAGGGCCUGCCUGGUACACCCGGAGGACCUGGAGCACCUGGCUUGGAUGGGCGUAAUGGUGUUCCUGGGUUGAAGGGAGAGCGAGGAGUGGAUGGUGCUCCAGGUUUACCCGGAGCUCAGGGACCUCCAGGAGAAUACACAGGAGGGGUCCCGGGACGAAGAGGAGAACCUGGCCCCAAAGGACUGGGCGGACCCCCAGGUUACCCUGGCCGUAAAGGAGAGAGGGGAGAUCCAGGAUUCCAGGGCCCCUCUGGUAUGAAGGGCACCCCAGGUCUGACCGGCAUCCCUGGGAUACCCGGACCCCAAGGACCCCCCGGACUUCCAGGACCUGGCACUGUUCCUGGCAUCCCUGGAAUACCAGGCGUCAAGGGUGAGAGAGGUUUCCCAGGUCUAAUGGGUUUCCCUGGUAUUCCUGGUCGUCCGGGAUCUCCUGGUUUUCCAGGUGGGAAGGGUUUUCCUGGAGACCCCGGAAGAAAUGGACUACCUGGAAGCCCUGGAUUCACUGGAACAAAAGGUGAGAGAGGGUACCCCGGCCUCCCUGGUGUUCCUGGUGUGGCCCUUGCCUCGAGCGUGAUCAAGGGAGACUACGGAACCCCCGGCAUCAGCGGUUUACCUGGAUUCACUGGACCCAGAGGUGACAAAGGUCUGCCGGGUCUGCCUGGUCGGCAGGGUUUACCUGGACUUCCUGGUUUUGCGGAGCAGAGUAAGGGUCUUCCCGGAGUUCCUGGUCUUCCUGGGAUACCGGGAACACCAGGCUUCCCCGGACCCAAGGGAGAGGGUGGCAUUAACGGCUUCCCUGGUGUAGCUGGAUCAAGGGGUGAUGAUGGUGCUUUUGGUUUGCCUGGUAAUCCUGGAGAGCCUGGUCGCCCUGGUGCUAAAGGUCUUCCCGGAGAUACUUAUGGUGGUUAUCCAGGAAGCCCUGGAGCCAAAGGACUCCCUGGAGACGCAGGCUACUCAGGAGGCCGUGGACUGGAUGGAGCUCGUGGAGAUGACGGGUUUCCAGGAAGUCCAGGAUUCUCUGGACCCAAGGGCCAGCCUGGAGAACCCGGGCGCCCUGGAAUAACAGGUUCCCCUGGUUUUCCCGGACCCAAGGGUCUUCAGGGAUACCCAGGACCGAGAGGCUCAGACGGGUUACCUGGAGGUCCGGGUGGGCCUGGAGGACCUGGAGCUAAAGGUUUACCUGGUUCCCCUGGUUUGGAUGGACUCAAUGGACUCCCAGGACCUAAAGGACUUGCGGGAACACCAGGUACUAGCUUAGGUGGUCGUCCUGGAUCUCCAGGUAUCCCUGGAUCGAAGGGAGAAAGAGGCGUGUCUUUCCCAGGAAUUCCAGGAUUCAAUGGGGCUAAAGGAGAAAGAGGAGCACCAGGUGGUCCCGGACUGCCAGGUUUCCCUGGUCGCCCUGGUCCUCCUGGUCCCACUUCUUUGUCCAGUGCCGUGGGUCCACUCGGAGAUCCUGGUCUGCCUGGUUUGGAUGGAGAAUAUGGUUUCCAGGGCCCCCCUGGCCCCCCUGGUCCCCCUGGCCCAGGCACCUCUCAGGGGGACAGAGGUGAUUCCGGUCUCCCUGGCUUCCCUGGAACUCCAGGACCUAAAGGAGAGCCUGGUUUUCCUGGAGGCCCUGGUGCCCCUGGUAAUUCUGGGUUCAAAGGAGAGAGAGGUGAGCCUGGAUUCAGCGGUGGUCCUGGUCGGAAAGGAUUUUCUGGAGAUCCUGGAUAUUACGGAGGAAAAGGACCAAAAGGAUUCAGAGGUCCCCCUGGUCGUAAGGGUCCCCCUGGUUUCACCCUCCCAGGACCCCCUCCCAUUGGGCUCCAGUAUGGAGACAUGGGUGUGGCUGGAGAGUCCGGAGGUUCUGGAAUACCUGGCGAGCCUGGUCAGCCUGGCAUGCCCGGACGCCCAGGUCCAAAGGGGCGUCCCGGUUCCGUGGGCAGACUGGGCAGACCCGGGUCUCCUGGUUCCCCUGGUUUCCUCGGUGACGCUGGACCUCCUGGAUUCCCUGGACCAACUGGAGAGCAAGGUUUCCCUGGAGCUGCUGGACGUCCCGGAUCCCCUGGAGCAGUGGGCCGUAGUUACAGUAUUGGGUACACGAUGGUGAAGCACAGCCAGAACUCCCAGAUCCCCAUGUGUCCCCAGGGCAUGGCCAAACUGUGGGACGGCUACAGUUUGCUCUAUGUGGAGGGACAGGAGAAGGCACACAACCAGGAUCUAGGUCAGCCGGGCUCAUGUCUACCUCGCUUCAGUACCAUCCCAUUCCUGUACUGCUCUCCGAACGAGGUGUGUUACUACGCCAGCCGCAAUGACAAGUCCUACUGGCUCUCCACCACCGCCCCCAUCCCAAUGAUGCCUGUGGCUGAAGACCAGAUACGGCCCUACAUCAGCAGGUGUGCUGUGUGUGAAGCUCCGUCCCAGGCUGUCGCGGUCCACAGUCAGGACACCACCAUCCCCAACUGCCCCUCGGGCUGGAGGAGUCUCUGGAUCGGAUACUCAUUCCUCAUGCACACUGCAGCCGGGGCAGAGGGUGGUGGGCAGUCCCUGGUAUCUCCCGGCUCGUGUCUUGAGGACUUCAGGGCGACACCUUUCAUCGAAUGCAACGGAGCCAAAGGAACGUGCCACUACUUUGCCAACAAGUACAGCUUCUGGCUUACCACGGUCGACCCGCGAGAGGAGUUUGUCUUCUCUCCCAAUCCGGACACUCUGAAGGGAGGCCAGGAGCGCUCCAAGGUUAGCCGCUGUCAAGUCUGCAGCAAGAUCUUGUAGUACCGGGAGUGACCACAAGGGGAGACGUUCAAGAACAAGUGACUGAAAAUGGCCGACAUCUUUGUGGUGAUGUUCGCUGUUAGGAGUGAAUGGGCGAAGAGAAUUCAAUAUGAGAAAAGUUACACUGCAAAGAGAAAUUGUUAGUUAAAAUGACUCAAAAUUCAAAUAUUUGUUUUGUUUUGAGUAGUUUUGACAAGUUUGGACUGUAUUUGUGAGUGGGUCCAGAUGAUAACUGAAGGUACUUUUAUUAUAUAUAGUAAUGUUGUUACAAUGCUACAAUUUCAAACUUGUUUCGAUACAAAAUUAUCAUUUUAAGCUCUUUUUCAUUACAAUAUUGUAAUUUUUAACAAGUAAUGGUAUUUGUUUAUUAUACCAUGCUGUCUUCUGAUAAAUGAAACUAUUCAGGAGAGGUCACAUUUGAAGCAGUUAUGUCUUUUUUUUUUUUUAGUAUCGAUAUCUGCUCAAAUGAGUAUCUAAUUAGGAUACAAUUUCUAAUAUAGAUUAGUAUCUGAUUUUCGAUACUUUUUAGUAUCUGAUUUUUGAUCAUUUUGAUUUUCCUAAUUCAAAAAAUUUAUCUUCCAGAUUGUAGUCUAAUUUUUUUGCCAUCUGCAUGUCUCCAUAGAGAUCUUGGAAGGCUCCACAGUAUGGCAUUAAACAUUUCUAUUUUUCAUUUAUUUAAUUAAAGGUGUUUUUCAUGUGAAAAGAAAUACCUGGAAAAAAAAAACAUUCUUUACUGUAUGGACUGUUACUUGGCCUGGUGGCAUCACCGACUUGUCUUCAUGGAGAUGGAAAAAUUUAACGUCAUACUGUAGAAUAUUUUAGGCAAAUAACUAACAUCUCCAUAAAAACAAGGUGGUUGCGAAUCCUCCACCAGGAAAUUUAUGUAGUGCAACUUUAACUGAAUCUAAAUACUUAAAAUCAAGAUUGAUAUCCUGAAUUCAAGCCAUUUUAACUACUGGUCUUCUUUGCAGUGAAUGUGACUUGUCUCGAUUAUCACUGACGAUGGUGCUAUUGUUUUAAAUGUCUUAAAUGUGUUUAAUUUUGUGUUUUUCUUUUGGUUUUGGCGAGCCUUGUUCUCGGCUACCUCGGAGAGUAUCACCCCUUUUGCGUAGCACUGUAUCAUCUGCAAACUCACAACACAGAAAAUCUGAAUGACCAGACCUCAGUUCUUAAAUCAGUUUGUUUAAUUAAGAGUAGAUGUGUAAGUUAGUCCAUCUUUACUCUUUGUAAUCCCAUGUAAUUUAAAGUGGGACAAAACACUGUAUAUACACUAUAUUUUGUCUCCAUAGAGAUGUUGGAAUGUUCCACAGCACGGCAUUGGUAUGGCACAGAUAAAUCUUGUAUUUAUUCAAUUACUGGUGUUUUUAUCACUCAAAACUACCUUGAAAAAGAAGCAUCAGUGGAGAAGCGAGAUCUUACCUAUAACUUAGCCUACUGGCACCAUCAGCUUGUCUUUAUAGAGAUGGAUUGAUAAGGAGAUAGAUAAGUACCAAACUGUGGAACAUUCCUGGCAAAAAAUAUGAUCUCCAUGGAAAUAAGUAGGUGGCAGACCCUCCACCAGAAAAGCUGUAUAGUGUGACUUUAAAACUAUAGUAAGUAAGUAUUGACAUUGUAGCUCCUGUGAAUGAAAUGAACUGUCAAGCUUGAUAAUUGGUCCAAUUCAUAUUUUCUACUAGCUUUCAUGUGGGUAUUUUUGUAUCAAACCAUUUCUUUAUUUCUGAUUCUGAUAACUCUACAACUUUCUACCAGUUCAGUAUUUUUGCCACAUUUGGUGCUACAUCCAUCACCAACUGCAAGCACUUUCCUGCCUAAAUCAUCACUCGCAGUCUGUCAAAUGGACCAAACCAUUCUUUACUAUUGCACUGAUGUGAACUGCUACUACUAAGUCAAUUACCACUUCAUUUUUUCACGUUUUCUCUGAGAUUUUUAUUACAAAAUGUUUUUCCAACCAAGAUCAAGAAGGAUACUUUUCAUUCAACUCACUUCACCCCUGUUUUCAAUUGUUUAUUAUUGCUGUACAUAAAGCUUGAAAAAACAUUAUAUUUGAACAAAAAUAUGUGACGUUUAAAUACAAUUGUAAACUUGGGGAUUUCCUGUUUUUCUCUUGUGGAUAAAAAUACCAAACACAUUUGUACUUGCAUGUUGUUGGAGAUUAUAACCACUAUGACCACUGCAUCUCACCUCUCUGCUGGUAGCCCCACUUACUUCCUUAGUUUUAUUUUCAUUUUGUCUGCAUAUGUUGCUUUUGUAAUCUAGAUUGUAAUUAUUUUACCUAAGUCCUAAUACUUUCAUAUAUAACAGAGAGGGGUGGGAAAAGAAUAUGAUUUGUACAUUAAAUAUUGUUAUGAAAUGUCUUUAGGAUUAUGUUUUAUAUGGCGAGUAUAGCCUGAUCAUUUUACAUACAUCAAAACAGUUUCUAUUUUUGGACUAGUGUUAGCUUUAUAUUCAAAACCAAAACAUCUGGAGCAAGUGCCUGGAGUAACACAAAGUAUUCCUCAAAUGUUUUCCUCAAAGAGGAUCGAUGAUAAAAAUGAAUAAAUCUAUAACAUGAUACUGCAAUGUGUAUUUCUGUGCUCACAUUCAAAAUAAAGUCUGAAAAUUAA